AUGAGUGUACUUAAACCAAAACAUUCCCUAGUUGGGAAAUCAUUGGUACCAGUGAUAUUGAAAUUCAAAGCACAAGAAGAUAGAAUUGAGGAGUGUGACCUGAACAGAUUGAAAAAAGGGCAUUCUUUAACCAGAUAUAAUCAGGAUGAGUUGAGAUCUGAGUUUGAAGGACUUACAGGAGAGAACCCAAGAGACAUUUUGCUCCUGGCAGGGAGGGAAGAGGAUUUUGAUAGUCUGGUUAUCUUGAUGCAUUUUGCUAUUGCACAUGCGAAUCUGGCGGGGGCACCAAAAGGUCAAAGUCUAGUGCAAACUUCCACUUCUGAAGCUUAUCAAACGGUGGCUCCUGUUAAUAUUAGUGGAGCUGUGGCCCCAUCUAGCUCAGCUGCUACUGCUUCUACUAGCUCAUCUGUGGCCGCAACAUCUAGUGUUUCUCGGGCAUCAGGUGACAAGAAUAUGGAAACCAGAUUGAGGGAUAUAGAGAAGAAGAUGGAAUCCAUAAAAGAGAAAUCAGGGGAGGAUCAGGUAGAGGAGUGUUUAAGACAAGUUCGGAUUUUGGCUGGUCGUCCUAAUCUUACGCAGGCGCAUGUCCUCUUGGCUGCUUUGGAAACACUUGUUGAUGUGGCAUUUAGAAACUCUCAUAAAGAUGCUGAUUUUUAUUCAAAAGCAUUUACACAUUGUAAAAAGUAUGAAAAUUCUAAAGAUUUAUGUGGGCUUACUAUGAAGUUAUUUGGUUCAGCUGAGGAUAAGAAAAUUGCUAAUGUUGUAGCUGAUUGGCUUAAGGGGAAGAAGUAUGAAGGGUCCGGGGUAGCUGAGGAAAAAGAGAAUGUUGGGCAAAAUAAUUACAAAAAUUUGGGAGAUUUGUCAGGAAUGCAGGCUAAUCCUUAUCCUUAUGUACCAUUGAUGGGACAGCCACAGUUCCCCUUUUCACCUUAUCCCAUGCCAUAUUCUGGGUACCCUGCCCAGGGUUUUGGGUUCCCUCGUCCUUCAGGUAGAGGUAUGGGUGUGCGCCCUCGCAGGGGAAGAUGUUUGUUUUGUAAAGACUUGGGACAUUUUAUAGCUGAUUGUCCAAAAAUGAAAAAUAAAAUAAUUGUUUUGGAUACAAAGCCUUCAACUCGGGGGUUUCUAAUGCCCUUUGUGAUUAUUCACAUGAGUUGA